GUUCCGGAAUAGAAAGCCGACUCUAGAUUUGAUUUUGGAUUGGAGAUGUUUGAUAUGAGUCUGGAAGGAGAGUUUGCAGUCUAGCCAGACACCUAGGUACUUAUAGAUGUCCACAUAUUCUAGGUCGGAACCGUCCAGGGUGGUGAUGCUAGUCGGGCGUGCGGGUGCAGGCAGCGAACGGUUGAAAAGCAUGCAUUUGGUUUUACUAGCGUAACAACGUAACAAUGUAUAUAAAAAUGUUACCAAUUUAAUCAGGGAUGGGAGCAUAUGAAUGGGUAAAAGUAGCUUAUUAAGUUGUUAUACACUAUAAUGAGACAAAAACGACUUAAAGGUGCAUAAUGAGAAGUGAAAAACGUUUAUUUACCAUGUAAAACGGGGAUAAUCAUAAGCAUAUGUAGGCACAGGGUACAAGCAUACCACCCUGCAUACCACUGCUGGCUUGCUUCUGAAGCUAAGCAGGGUUGGUCCUGGUCAGUCCCUGGAUGGGAGACCAGAUGCUGCUGGUAGUGGUGUUGGAGGGCCAGUAGGAAGCACUCUUUCCUCUGGUCUAAAAAAAAUAUCCCAAUGCCCCAGGGCAGUGAUUGGGGACACUGCCCUGUUUAGGGUGCCGUCUUUCGGAUGGGACGUUAAACGGGUGUCCUGACUCUCUGAGGUCAUUAAAGAUCCCAUGGCACUUAUCGUAAGAGUAGGGGUGUUAACCCCGGUGUCCUGGCUAAAUUCCCAAUCUGGCCCUCAAACCAUCAUGGUCACCUAAUAAUCCCCAGUUUACAAUUGGCUCAUUCAUCCCCCUCCUCUCCCCUGUAACUAUUCCCCAGGUCGUUGCUGCAAAUGAGAACGUGUUCUCAGUCAACUUACCUGGUAAAAUAACGGUAAAAUAAAAAAUAAAAAAUAAAAAAACUACACCUACAGGUGUGCAUUCCAGGUUAACUAGGCCUAUAGGACCUUUUCAUACCAGGAGAAGGUGGGAAACAGCAGGGCCCUGAGGAGAAAAUGUCCCUCGGACUUAACUGGAUCCUUGUGGUUUUUAAUUAAAACAAUGUUUUUGUGUUUCAUUGAUUCAUUAUGGGAUGGAUGGGGCGGAUCGGAUGGGGCCACAGUGUCUCCUGAACCCUCCUGUCUCAGCCUCCAGUAUUUAUGCUGCAGUAGUUUAUGUGUCGGGGGCUAGGGUCAGUUGGUUAUAUCUGGAGUACUUCUCCUGUCUUAUCCAGUGUCCUGUGUGAAUUUAAGUAUGCUCUCUCUAAUUCUCUCCUUCUCUCCUUAUUUUUCUCUCUCGGAGAACCUGAGCCCUAGGACCAUACGUCAGGACUAACGGGCAUGAUGACUCCUUGCUGUCCCCAGUCCAACUGGCCUUGCUGCUAUUCCAGUUUCAACUGUUCUGCCUGCGGUUAUGGAACCCCUACCUGUCCCAGACCUGCUGUUUUCAACUCUUAAUGAUCGGCUAUGAAAAGCCAACUGACAUUUAUUCCUGAUUAUUAUUUGACCAUGCUUGUCACUUAUGAACAUUUUGAACAUCUUGGCCAUGUUCUGUUAUAAUCUCCACCCGGCACAGCCAGAAGAGGACUGGCCACCCCUCAUAAUCUGGUUCCUCUCUAGGUUUCUUCCUAGGUUUUGGCCUUUCUAGGGAGUUUUUCCUAGCCACCGUGCUUCUACACAUGCAUUGCUUGCUGUUUGGGGUUUUAGGCUGGGUUUCUGUAUAGCACUUCGAGAUAUUAGCUGAUGUACGAAGGGCUAUAUAAAAUAAACUUGAUUUGAACUUGAUUAUAUGGUUAUUUUAAAACAAUAAUGGUCGAAAUUCUCAAUGCAAGAUCUAUCCCUGAAGUUCAGGACAUCUUUGUAAGCACGUCUUAUAUUUCACAUGUCAUUUGAUAAAACAGUCAGUGCAGUCCAUGUUGUUAUGUAAUCAUCGAGUAAGCUUUCAAUAUUGUUGGUUCAAAUAGGCUGUUUAUUUUCUUUCGUUUUACUCAAAUAACUGUAUUAGACUGUAAUAGAUAAGCCUUACAUGAGAUUAACGACGCUGUUUAUUAAAACCUUCCUUCUACAUAUAGCUAGUAGUCUAAAUCGUUUGAAAACAAUAUACAUUUGAAGUUAAUUUAAUAUGAAAUUUUGGUUUUGUAAGCCUAUACGGAAAAAAUUAUAAACAUACUUUAUCCAGUCUAGUAAAUAUUUAUCCCAGGCAUUAUUUAAUGUGGCUAGACUACUAUUUUACACAAAAACUGGAGCCUAAAGUCCCUACCUAUAGUCCAAUUAUUCUCCCCCAUUUAGGCCUAUCAGUUCCAUUGUCCAGGGAAAAAAGGCUUACUGAUGAGGCUACCUGUACCAUUCACAUGCAGUAAAUCGUUUUUCACAUUGGAACGUUUGGAAAUCACAGAUUUAACCUUACCCCGACCCAUCCACAGAUUAUUUACAUUUUUUUUCACCGUUUGUUUGUCUUUAGGGACAGGGGUCUAAACCAGGUGUACUCAACUCCUCCCCCGCGAGGUCAGGAGCCUCUGGGUCUUCCUUUCCUGUGGUGGUCCUCAUGAGAGCCAGUUUCAUCAUAGAGCUUAAUAGUUUUUGCGACUGCACUUGAAGAAACUUUCAAGGUUCUUGACAUUUUCCGCAUUGACUGAACUUCAUGUCUUAAAGUAGCGACUGUCGUUUCUCUUUGCUUAUUUUAGCUGUUCUUGCAAUAAUAUGGAAUUGGUCUUUCACCAAAUAUGGCUAUCUUCUGUAUACCACCCCUACCUUGUCACAACACAACUGAUUGGCUCAAACGCAUUAAUAAGGAAAUAAAUUCCACAAAUUAACUUUUAACAAAACACACCUGUUAUUUGAAACGCAUUCCAGGUGACUACCUCAUGAAGCUGGUUGAGAAUCUCAAAUAUAAAAUCGAUUUUGAUUUGUUUAACACUUUUUGGUUAAUACAUGAUUCCAUGUGUUAUUUCAUAGUUUUGAUGUAUUCACUAUUAUUCUACAAUGUAGAAAUAAAAAAUAAAAAACCCUUGAAUGAGUAGGUGUGUCCAAACUUUUGACUGGUACUGUAUAUAUACACAUUACCAGUCAAAGGUUUGGACACACCUACUCCCCUGCAUCUCAGUUGGGUUAAUAAAACAGGGUGUUUUAUGGAGCCCAACUUGGCAACGUGGUCGUACAUUCCUCUCCCCAUGUUAACAGUCACAGUCACUUAACACGGAGAACUACAGGACAGUGGAGUCUAUAUAGUGAGACAGUUUGUGAAUCAGAGCUGUUCAGCAAAGGAGAGGGCUAUCCUGGGUUUACAUUUACAUCAUGUUACUAAACAUAUGUAGCUAAAUAUACUGUAUAUUUAAACAUAAUAUCAUUACUUAGGCCUACUACUAUUGUAUAUGUAAAAUAUGUCAACUAUAUAUUAAACACCCAUGCAUACAUUUAAUAUGUCCUAUGAUUAAAGGCCUCAGUGUUCAAUGUCUGGCUAAUAGUAGUCUCUCUCUACCUAACACAUCAACCCCCUCUGUCUUCAAGGUUAGAAACUAAACUGUUGGAGGGGGACAUGGUGGUGAGUGCUGUGACUGUGGAUGUUGGAGUGUACACAUUACUCUAAGAAGAAUGGAUUUUAUAGAUUUGAUUUAUUUAGAUUGUUUUCUGACUGUGAAUGACCAAUAAAUUGCUUGAUUAUGUAUUUUAAAAGUGCAAUAAAAUCACACAGUAAUGUUACAGAAUCAAUACACAAUAGACACAUAGCCAGGGCUGGUAGAGUACAGUUAUGUCAAAGAAGAUGAAAGUCUUAGUGAAAGAUUUAUUAUGGUACUGCUACAUGGGCCACUUUCAAAGAAUUUGUUAUCAAAGGAAAUACUCAUACGCCUUCACCACCAGUUAGCUACAACUGCACAGACAAAAUAAUUGCAUUCAUGAGUUUCAUUGACAAAUGUCAAUACAUUUAAAAAAAGGUCAGCCAAAGCAAAAAUCUGAUACAAAUGAUUUUUUUCCAGAAUGCAGUAAGUACAGAAAUGGUUUGCUCAGACGGAGAUGACUAUAGUCAGUGACAACUGUGUGGAGUUUUGUUGUUGGGAGUUAAGGGUUUGUGACAGCAACUAUUUGAGCUUAUUACAAUAUUAUAGACACUAUGUUCUAGGAUUUCCUAUGAUCUUCUAUGAAGAACCCCUUACCUACUAAUUACUCUUAAAGCAUGCUGCAUGAAUGUUCGUGAGAGUGUCAAAUUUACAUAGAUAACUUUUAAUAGCUUUUAAUUCUGUCUCUACAUACGUUUUUGUCAACAACAAAAUAGACACACCAUGUCUCACAUGCAGUGUGAGACACACAGUGUCUCACCAUCACCGCUCUAGUUCAGUUAAUCAGAUAGACUAACGGUUGACCCAGACACACUAGACGAAUCCAAUGGUACAAACCAGAAGUCUGUAACCACACAAUGUUCACAAGGGGUUAAAAGUCGUAAAUCAUGCCAGGGCAACAGUGGGACUCUACCGACUUAUAAUGGGGAACAAAUAAAGCAUACACAACGCAAGACGUAGUACUGGACAAUGUCAGCAUUUUGAGUAAACAGGCCGCACGUUUGUCAUAUAACUGAUUAUUUCAUAAUAACGAAAAUUAUAGUCGAACCAUGGUAAUCUAAAAAUAAGAAAAUCCUAAAGAGAAGGACAAACUCUACAUGACCCCCCUCAGCGCCCCGCCCCGCCGUUUAACACCUUCUCUCAGUAUGAAACGGUCCUAUAGGACUAGUUAAUGUAGAAUGCGCACCUUCCUUUGUCCUAUUGUUCUAGCAGGACAUAUAACCAGAGGUCUGGAACUGCAUCAUUCCAGGUUAACAGUUCAUCUGAGAAGGUCCUGAUAUCAGUGCUCUGUGUGUGACUUGGUGUGAGAAGAACUCCACAACGAAAAAGAUGCAGAACACGACAGAGAACAUCAUGGGAACUCUCCUACCUCCACAGGCUCCGUCAAAGAUGCAGAACACGACAGAGAACAUCAUGGGAACUCUCCUACCUCCACAGGCUCCGUCCAACGUUGUUCAGCGAAGGAAGAACCAACGUUAUGGCAAGAGGAAGAGCACAACCUAUCUGGGACUGAUUGCUUAUGUCAUUCAGGACUCUCCAGACAAGAUGCUCACAUUUAGUCAGUUGAUGGACAAGUUGGGAGCUUUCCUCUCAGGAGACAGAAAAGGCAUCGAGAACAACAUCAGGGUCUGCUUAUCAUCCAACGAUUGUUUUGUCAAGGUUCCAGUCAAUCCAUAUUUGCCACACUCAAAGAAGAAUUUCUGGAAAGUCGACGAGAGUCCAAUUACAGCGAAGAUGGCAAGACGCCACUUCAAGGGCAUACUGGACUUGUUCCCGGAGUUGUCCACCAAAGUGCGAAUGGAGGCAGAACAGAUAUCAGAGCGCUUUGCCACCUCAACAACACCAACCCUCACUAGGCUUCAUAUCCAGAAGAGAAGCGAGGUGAAGUUCAGUAGUCCUUUCUCCAUCGAAUCCAUCUUGAACAGAGACAGUCCUUCUCGUCUGAGCCCAAGACCCACUGCAUUUGCGGUUGUGUCCAGCGCGCCCAGCUACACGACAGUGGCAACCACAGUCCACGGACUCAUUGGUGAUGGUGAUGUAAGGCAUAUCAAGUAGAUGUGCAUGUGUGCUGAGCCCUCCUAUCUGAUCCACUCCAGACCCAGCGUUGCUCCUCGUUUUGCCGACCCACCACUUAACUGUUAUUUGAAGUACCCUUUGCCCACAUACGCUUGUGAUGCUCACUAUUUUGGAUUGUAGCAAACUUUUUUUUCUUCAUUUAUUGUCAAUGUGGACUUAACUUUUGUAUAUGUUUUCAAUAAGGAAUCCUUGGUAAAUAUAAUUAUGUAAUCGAAUUAUGUUAAUUGAUGUGAUAACUGGCGCCCUGCUGGGCACAGACAUCAGUUCGACCUCUAUAUUUGAUUUACGUUUUUGAGCUGUUGAGUUGUUGAAUGUCAUUGGAUUUAGGUUAAAAGUUUAUUGAAAAAAAUACGACACGCAAUCGCACUAGCGGUUCGGGGGGUGCCCCUGUGUCAACAAUUGUUACGAUUUCUUGCUAUCGUUCUUUUUUUACAUUCGUUAUUAGACAGUGGCA